AAAAUGCUAAUGUCAUCAAUGACUUUAUAUUAAAACCGCUACAGUAACAAUAUUAUACGUAUUCUGUAUUUUCUUAUCAUUAGAAAAUGAAAAAAAGGAAAAAAAAAGAAAAAAAAAACCUAGGCCGAAUUUGAGCAAAGUGGUGAAUUUACAUUAUACUCCCAAUUGCAGUGAGUAAAUGACCCUGAAGGCCUCAGCUAAGAAGUGUAUAGUUUCCCAUUUUUAUUCUAUCAGAAAAGAUUAAAACUUUGUAAACACAAUAGAAGAUAAUGGCAAUUUCUUGUUAUUCACCCUGUUCUUCAGUUAACACUAUGCUUUCUCUAUCCUCACCGUCACAAUGUUUGCCUUCAAAUCUCUUCUAUAAACCCUGGAAAAGUUUAAUGGUGAAUUCCCGAAAUUUCCAUCUCAAAUUUGUGGUAAAUUGUAAUUCUUCUGAUGCGGGUUCCUCCUCUUCUUCCGAUUAUUCAAAUUUCAGGCAAGUUCAUAUGCCAUCUUUUGGAUUGUCAUCAAAUGAAAAUGCAUGCAAACAAUCAUAUAAAUGGCAAAGAGUGCUGCUUAAAGUUAGUGGAGAAGCUCUUGCAGGAGAUAAUGCUCAGAACAUAGAUCCCAAGGUAACAAUGGCCAUAGCAAGGGAGGUUGCUUCAGUUACAAGACUUGGCAUUGAGGUAGCGAUUGUUGUUGGUGGUGGAAACAUUUUUCGAGGAUCUACUUGGGCAGGUUGUAGUGGCCUUGACCGUUCAUCCGCUGAUUAUAUUGGAAUGAUGGCCACUGUGAUGAAUGCUAUAUUUUUACAAGCAACAAUGGAGAGUAUUGGUAUUCCAACGCGUGUCCAGACUGCAUUUCGCAUGUCUGAGGUUGCCGAGCCCUACAUACGUAGAAGAGCAGUCAGACAUUUGGAGAAAGGGAGGGUUGUAAUAUUUGCGGCGGGAACUGGAAAUCCAUUUUUCACCACAGAUACUGCUGCUGCUCUUCGAUGUGCUGAAAUUAAUGCCGAAGUUGUGCUGAAAGCAACAAAUGUGGAUGGAGUUUAUGAUAAAGAUCCUCGGAAAAACUCAGAUGCCCGGCUGCUUGAUACCUUAAGCUAUCAAGAUGUAAUAUCAAAGGAACUCUCUGUGAUGGACUUGACUGCUAUUACAUUGUGCCAAGAGAACAAUAUUCCAGUUGUUGUAUUCAAUCUAAACAAAGAAGGUGACAUUUCAAAAGCAAUCCAAGGAGAGAUAGUCGGAACCAUCAUCGGAGGGCAGCGGCAGGUAGCUACAGCAGAGAUACAGUAACUUCCCAGGUUGAUAAUCCCUCUAGUCUAGAUUUCUAGUUACAGUAGCUUUAGCUGGCAAAAUAUAGGACUAUUGCUAUUGAUAUUGAGGACUGUAAAUAUGAACAAUCUUGAAGAUAGUUCUCACUGGAAAUUAUAGAAAAAUUUAUAAAAUUUUGCAGACUUUGGAUCUUGUAAUUCAGUAAACAGUGUUUAACAUAUUCUUUUCUUAUAAAGCGUCCGAUGAGAUUAGACUUCA